AUGGCGGUUCGGCUACUGCUGGCUCGGGCCCUGCGCCUGCUGCCGCGCUGCCGCUUGGCCCGCGCCCCCCGCCCCGAGCCCCGGCUCGACCCCCGGCCCGCUCCGCCGCCCCAGCUCCCGCAGUCCCGACCAUGGCUGUCCUGGCUGCCGGCCGCCUGCCGCCUUCUCUUCUUUCGUGGGCCCGCCCGCGGGCUAGCGGCCGUGGCGCGGCGAGGAGGCGGCGGCGGAGGAGUCUGCCUGGCGCUGGCCAUGGCGCUGGGGCUGGUGGAGCCGCGGCUGGAGGAGCAGCGGCGGGCUGAGGCGGCCUGUCGGCACAUCCAGACAGUGUUUGUGGGAAAGAACAAGCCCCAGAAGGAUCCCCUGAGCUCCUCCCGUUGGCAGGGCUUCAAGCUGGAGGAGUAUCUGAUUGGGCAGCCCAUUGGGAAGGGCUGUAGUGCUGCUGUCUAUGAAGCAGCCAUUCCCUUCUCUCCUGCUCAGCUGGCAGGGCAGGGGCAGCCAGGUGGUGGCUCAGCUGAAGAGGAGCCUGUAGUGAAGCACCAACCAAAAGGAGCUUUUCCCUUGGCUAUCAAAAUGAUGUGGAACAUCUCGGCUGGUUCAUCCUCUGAAGCCAUCCUUGAUGCCAUGGGCCAGGAGCUGGUUCCAGCCACGGGACUUGCCUUAGCUGGAGAAUAUGGAGCUGUCUCUGGCUGCAGAAAACCUGUCCUGGGGAGGAAGAAGCUGCAGCCUCAUCCCAACAUCAUCCAGGUGAUCCGAGCCUUCACGUCCUCAGUGCCCCUGCUGCCUGGAGCCUUUGCAGACUACCCUGAUGUGCUUCCACUCAGCCUGAACCCCACAGGCAUCGGCCACAGCCGUACCCUCUUCUUGGUGAUGAAGAAUUAUCCCUGCACCCUGCGUGAGUAUCUGAGGGAGAACAGUCCAGAUGUCUGUCUCUCCACCAUGAUGAUUCUCCAGCUGUUGGAAGGUGUGGACCACCUCGUCCGGCACGGAAUAGCACACAGGGACCUGAAGUCUGACAACAUCCUGGUUGAAUUUGAUUCUGCUGGCUGCCCCUGGCUGGUGAUCACAGACUUUGGCUGCUGCCUGGCAGAUGACAGCAUUGGCCUGAGGCUGCCUUUCAGCAGCGCCUACGUGGACCGGGGCGGCAACGGCUGCCUCAUGGCACCCGAGGUGAUCACAGCAUCACCAGGCCCAGGCAAGGUGAUCAACUACAGCAAAGCUGAUGCUUGGGCUGUUGGAGCCAUGGCCUACGAGAUCCUGGGCCUGGCCAAUCCCUUCUAUGGCCAUGGGGACUCCUCCCUGGAGAGCAGGAGUUACCAUGAGGACCAGCUGCCCAGCCUGCCCCACCACGUGCCCCUGGAGGUGAAACAAGUGGUCAAGAUGCUGCUUCUGAGGGAUCCCAACAAGAGGCUGUCUGCCAGAGUUGCUGCUAAUGUGCUUCACCUCAGCCUCUGGGGUGAGAAGGUUCUGGCCUCCCAGACCCUGAAACCUGACCAGAUGGUCUCCUGGCUCCUCUGCCAGUCUGCAGCUGCUUUGCUCAUGAACAGACUGGUGGAUAAAACCCUGGUAGAAACCAAACUGAAGAUGUGCUUCUUGGCAAACCUGGAGUAUGAAGACCUCUGGGCAGCAAUCUUCCUGUUGCUGGCCUGGAGAAGCAGGUCUGGGUGAAGCCUCAUCAACAUGUGGUAGAUGAACAGCACUUGAAAAGCACAUAGGAAUCUUUUCUGUCUGCUGGAACCCCCUUAGAGCUUUUAGGGCAGCAGACUGGGUUAAGAGCUUGAGUUUCUCCCUAGCCACCAUUAGUAGCCUCUGCUUUUCCUCUCCCUGCUAGAGGAAGCCUUCUUGCUGCAUCACUCUGAUGGUGUGAGCACCUUGCAGGUGUCCUGAGGUGAUGUGGUUGGGUUUGGUCACACGUGGGAGUUCUGAAGUUAAUCCUGAAGUCAUGUGUGGGCUGAAGGAGGUCCCCUGUCAGAGGAAGGGGUGAGAGGAGGCACUGGCUGGCUGCUCUUCACAGGGCUUUGAACAGUAGACUGAGAAGGCCAAGCUGACAAAGGGAUGGUGCAAUCUUAAGGAGCCCCCCAGUGGGCAUCUCCAGAUGAUCUUCUGCAGCCACAAGCAGGCCUUGCCCUAAAAUAACAGCCCCAAAGCCUCCUGCUGGUGAGGUGCUGCCUGGUAAUGUGAGCAGCAGGAGCUCACAGUGCUGCAGCAUGAGACAUCCAACACAGAAUGGUGAAGGCAUUUGGAACUCAAGAGCCCACUUGGAUUCCUUUUUUCCCAUCACAGCUGUGCAGUGACUGCUCCCACAGUCAGGCUGUGCCCACUUAGGGAUGAUAACUGCAGGUGAGGUGGAGGUUGGCCUGCUGGAGGAGUUCAGAGUGAUGCUCCUCACCUCUUUCUCCUGUUCAGCCCUUGGUGAGGGAGGGCAGGAGGCAGUGAUGUUUGACCAACAAGAAGCAUGUUUGUGAAAACAUCCUGUGGUUUAUUUUUGUGUCUGUUACUGUGUUUAGACAACUUGGUGUGUGUGUGUGGGGGGGAACAUUUAUGUCUGUUGCACAGUAAACUGAAGAUG